UCACACCAAACCUGAAGAGCAGACUGAUAUUCUCCGAAGGAUUCAUCUCGCAUCAAUCCAUUCAGGAUUGGAUUACGUGUUUAAUCCUGCACUGGGAUUCAGUUUUGUUCAUCUGAAGAUGCCCGCUUGUGGAUCGCAGAUUGGGGACUUUCGCAGAAUUAAACGAGCUAAAGGUUGUGUGGUGACAGCUGAAGCCUUCCUAUGAGGUGAGCGUAUCCCUUUGGACCCUCGGCUCCCCUCCCAGUGCCAGCAGCAGCAGGACUAAGGGAUGUCACAAGUAUUCCUCCUUCUGACCCUACUCAGUUUCUCCUCCUGCAUCCAGGUGUCAUCUUCUGUAUCCCUCAAAACUUUGAUGGCAAGAUGGAUGAUGUACCGAGAUGAAUGUUUUCGAAAUAUCAGCAGAGAACCGCCAAUGACAGGUGUCGUGUGCAACCGAACGUUUGAUAAGUACGCCUGCUGGCCGGAUGCUCUGCCCAAUACUACAGUGAGUGUGGCUUGUCCCUGGUACCUGCCCUGGCACAAGGAAGUUCGACAUGGGCUCGUGUAUCUGGAGUGUGAUGCAGACGGACAGUAUAGCAAGCAGAAGAACGCCAGCGAAUGUCUGUCACGUGACCCCACGCAAAUCAACAUGCAACACUACGGACGGAUCCUCAGUCAGUUUCGGACCAUGUACACCGUUGGAUAUUCUCUGUCUCUCGGGGCGCUGGUGCUGGCGUUGGGCAUCCUUGUGGCCUUUAGGAAGCUGCACUGCAUGAGAAACAACAUCCACAUGAACUUGUUUGCCUCCUUUAUCCUGCGAGCCUCUUCUAUCCUUAUCAAAGAUGCCAUGUUGGAAAGGCCUGAUACCUUCCAUGUUGGUCAGGACAUCACCACUGAACUGGAGGUGGAGUGGCUGGUUAAAAACGAGACGGCCGUCGGCUGCAGAGUUGCUGUGGUGAUGAUGCAAUACAGCAUACUUGCUAACAGCUACUGGCUGCUGGUGGAGGGCAUCUACCUCCACAGCCUUCUGGUCGUCACAGUCUUGACAGAGAGAAAUUACUUCGGCAUCUACCUGUGCAUUGGCUGGGGCGCCCCUCUGAUAUUCGUACUGCCGUGGGUGAUUGUGAAGUACUUGUACGAGAAUGAAGAAUGCUGGAUGCAGAAUAUUCACAUGGAGUACUGGUGGAUCAUUCGCUCUCCCAUCCUGCUGGCCGUGUUGAUUAACUUCUUCAUAUUCAUACACAUCAUCAAGAUACUCGUGUCCAAACUGAGGGCGCACCAAAUGAGAUAUACUGACUACAAGUUCCGGCUUGCUAAGUCCACCCUCACUCUGAUUCCGUUACUGGGGAUCCAUUCGGUCCUGUUUUCGUUCGUUACUGACGAGUCUACCUCACAUGGUGCUCUACCCCUGCGCCUCACAAAGCUCUUCAUUGACCUCUUCUUUAACUCCUUCCAGGGGCUGCUGGUAGCAAUCUUAUAUUGCUUCGUCAACAAGGAGGUUCAGUCUGAGAUUCUGAAGAAAUGGAGACGCUGGAAGCUUGGGAGGGACAUUGAGGAGGAGUACCGCCACACUUACAGCCAGACCCUUCAGAUGAAAAGUGGCAGCAUCCUGGUCCAUUCCUCCAACCUCCCUCGGCUGCCUGAUAUCGCUAACACUACCUCCCGGCUUGGGAGUCCAGAAGAGAAGCAGAUGUUGGUGUCCAACAACCAAAAUGGUAUGGGUACUGGGCAGGGAUGCCUGCAGUUCACCUCCACACCCCAGGAUGGCUCCACCUGCAGUUCAAUAACAGAGGAAAUAGUGGUGGUGGACAGAGGAAAGUGUUGUAGCGUUCCACAGGGCAAUGCUGAGAGAAACCUGUGAGAUGAAGAAGACUCCAGGUGUCUCAUCGAAGACCCAUGGCCCAACCACUCUUGCUUCCUCUGGCUGAGGGCCCUGAACCCUUAGCCCUGGCUGGAGCGAGAGGUGUGUGUAUGUAUGUGUGUGUCCCUGGCAACCGUGUGAGUUUGUGAGAGCGCUGCCCUCUCUGAAGCUCAGCAGAAAACUCAUGUUACAUGGGCGAGCAGAAGGUGGACAUAUGUUAAGAAAGAUUUGCACAAAUGUACAUGCUAACAAACCCUUUGAUGAAAACAGAGUCUUAACUCUAGUGUUAUACAAUAUAGCUGUCUGUGAUGUUCAUGAUUUAGUAGAAAAAACCCCUCUGCACUGCAUGGUCCAAAUGGAACCAGCAACGGUUCAGCAAAAACAUCUACAACCAGCGUCUCUGGAUGGACAGAAAAUUGGAGAUACACUUAACUGAACUCAUCAAAAACUUAAGCAAACCGGUUAAUGCGUUACAGAGUGUGUGAGUUCGGACUGAACCGAAGGAACCCUACACAAAUUUCCA